CCACAUACGGCAUUGAUUGAUCGUUGAUGCAUGUCUAUGGGCUAUGCCUGCAUUGUCUCCGCUCAAUCUAUAUCUCUGGCAUAGCUGAUAAACCCUCCCAGUCGUUCGUGAUUCGCCCUCUAGUUCAUCCGCGUCGAUAAUAGCUGUUGUUGCAAAACGUUCAGUGUCAGAAUGUCGGAAAACCUUAUCAUGCCGAUCCAACAUAUGAACGAACGAGACGUAGGAUGGUGUUGUCAAAGUAUUUUUUCCAUCAACUAUGGCAUGUCAUUAGCAGAUCGAUGGUGAACAACGUUCAACCUUGGAACAUCAAUUGAUUGAAUGUGAGUGUUCCUGAAAGUCACGUGCUCACGCGCGACGCUUCCUGGGAGGUUGGUCACGUGAUAAAUACCCGAGGUUCUCCCGGUGUGUAUCAUGGCCCUCACACGUAGCUAGCUCUCACUCUAGACAAUCACCAAUCAAUGAAUCAUGAAUCACACAGAGCUCUGAGCCAUCCAACCCUUUAUCGUUCUCCCGCGACGCCCCAAAUCAGCUCCAACAAGCUAAAAAAAAUGGCCACGACUAAAGGCAAGAAACCAAAGUCAGCCAGCCGUCAUAUCACAUCAGAAAACUUUGUGGAGAGCUGUGGUGCGAUAUUGUUCAACUUAACCGACCCACAAAACCUUUCUGUUUGUUUGAUACGUACCAAAGUUCACAAAGAAUGGCUUUUAGCUAAAGGCCGCCGUAAUUAUGGCGAAUCAAGAAACGAAGCUGCCAUAAGAGAGGUCACCGAGGAAACUGGUUUUCGAUGCAGUUUGUUUCCUGUCACCAUGCAAACCAGGGCUACGCCACCGGAUGCCGCUGCGCUCAUUGCUGAUAAAGCGCGCGUAUUCGAGAACCUCACCGAACCCUUCACGUGUGAGAUCCGAGAAUACAAGAACCCGAAGAGGACAAAGAUCAUUUGGUGGUAUAUCGCCGCUCUAGAUCCCUCCAAUGAGGAGCUCGAGAAAUUGCCAGGAGAGGCAGACUAUGAGCCCCAUUUUCUUCCUGUCGCAGAGGCCAUUACGACACUUACUUACCAAGCUGACCGCAAGCUCGUGGAAAGAGCUGCUCAAUUGGUCUCAGAAACCCUGAAUCCACUUGAUCGCAAGGAGCUGACCAACGACGAUGCCUCAAACGAAUCUACAGAGAAGAAUCAACAAAAUGGUGGUAAGAUUUAUUCAUUGUGCACACUAUAA